AUGGAAAGACCUCUUCAGCCACCAACGCUAUUCAAGCCCAUUUCCUCAGUCCCCGUCACAGACGAGCAGGCUCAAAUAUUACUCAACGCCUUCCUCGACAACUACAAAGAUCCUACGCCUACGAAAGCAGCUCUCGAGAGACUGAGAGCUGGUAUGCUUGGUGAGGAUGUUGAAUACGACCAGUAUGAGCAGGACGAGCCUCAAAUUCUUUUACGGAUGGGUCCCCUUGAACAUCGUAAAUCAUCUCAAGUUGUCUCUGACUCCCAAAUCAGCACUCGGGGUCUCACCAGAGCUAUUUGGCUACUAAAGUGA